AUGGCGCUGCCGGCCCCAGCGCCGGCGCUGCAGGCGGGUCAGGGGCAGUACCGGCUCGUGUUCAGGCACGAGUGCAACGCCCUGGGCUGCCGCGACAGCGAGUGUGCGCUGUGCAGCUUCAACCCCGUCCGUGUCUGCGAGAGAAACUUCCAAAAGAAGUACCUCGUGGGCGACCCGCUGCGCGCCAAGUGCAACGCCAGCAUCCGGUUGGAGCUCACCGACGCUGCGGGCAGCCCGGUCACGCACGGCUACCCAGACCUGACCUUUGAGCUGACCCUUUUGGAUGGCGUGGCCUUCAAGGACAAGGGGGGCGAGGGCCGCCUGCUAGGGGACGAGGAGCUGCGUGCCUGCUUCAGGCUGUCAAACCACAAGGACGACCCCCUGCUCGCCUACAAGACCGCCGCCGGCGGCCAGGGCGCCGCCAAGGGCGCGUCGCGGCAGGGCGCGCAGAUACGGCUGGAGAAUGGGACGGCGCUGCUCCCGGACCUGACCGUGACCGACAGCUCCGAGGCGCUGCUGCAGGGCCGCCGGCCGCCCUUCCGCCUGCUGGCCUGGUGCCCCGACGGGCUGGGCGGCUUCAACCACGCGGUGCAGUACGCGGUCAGCGACGACUUUGUGGUGGCGACGCGGCGCGUGAAGCAGGCCAAUAAGGCCGACAUCCCGCUGGUGGACGACCACGUGUCAAAAAUCGAGCACAUAGGGCGCGAGACGGUGAAGAAGCUGUCAGACAUGCGGCUGGCGGCCCAAGAGACAGGCGUGGAGGUGCACAUCGACGACCGCCUGGCACGCAUCACCACGGUGGGUGAGUUCCAGAACCUGGUGCGUGUCGUAGACACAGACGGUGGCCAGCUGCGCAAGAUGAUCCAGGCCAUCCUCAAGCUCUCAAAGGAGAAGUGGGACGAGGCCGCCCGCCACGCCAUGGACGCUGUGCACCCCGACUUCAGGCGCCGCGUCUGGUACCCUCCCGGCCAGAACAUGGGGGUGGGGCUGGUGUUCCACUGCAAAGACGGCGCGGUUCAGCUCAAGGGCGGCAUCUCCCUCGCACAAACCAACCCUGACGGCGCCAUCAAGCUGUUGCUCGUGCCCCCAUCUGCUUUCCUUACUCCUCACCGAUCCUGA